UCGACACAUAUAUCUUUAAUACCGACCACGCGGCUUCGUUUCUGUUUUCAGUCUUUUCGGUACAGGUCCACGCCGAGCACUUGCUUCGGCCGGACCUUUCGAAAGGAUGCCACUUGAUGAUCUCUUCCUUCGCCUCAUUGUACUAUCACCGCAAUCUUCUGGCUUGUAUUUCCGCUUCCUCCAGGCUACCCUCGAAGCUCCCGUCGAUAAUUAUAAUACGCAAGACCCAGGGCCAACUCCUUUCGGCCUGUGCUGGUGUCUUGCCUCCGACACUCGCUUCUACAAUGCCGUCUGGGGCUUUCCAGAACGAUUCCAUUCGCUUCGAAUCCUACUUGCGUCUUUCGCUAUUCAUUGGCUGGUCGAGCUUUUUACCUUUUUACCUUCUGCUCGGCCAGGUACAUAGACUUUUAUAUUACUUCGUGUCGAUCGCUCACACCAUUGGCGCCUGGGUUCUGAGACCAUUCAAUGAAGAAAAAGUUGAUUGGAGGCGCUUUUCGCUCGCUUCCCAGUUUUGCACAUCGCUGUGCAUCGGAAAGGAUGCAAUGUUGUUUAAUGACCUUUUUUUGCAUUGGCAUAUAGAUACAGGGGUUAUGACGAACCUCUUGCUCUCAGGCCGUUGCGAUACCCUGAGACCUCUAUUGUUUGUUAUUUGAGGGGAGUGGAGCUGUUUGUUAUUUCCAGAUCGGAAAGGGGAGGAGACGCAAGGAGCACCUUUACGAGGACCCGCAUCCGGCGGCGGAGGAUCUCCAUUUCCUAUUUCUUUCGUCUGUACCCUUUUUAUCCUCACGUGGGAGCUGGGGAUGGGAUGGAACUGAUCUGCUUGUUGCGCUAACGGGGAGGAGAGAAGCAUUGUGCAUAUGCCAGUGAACUCAAUCCAAAUCCUUGACACAACACACAUGCACGUCCUCUCC